AUGUUGUAUCAUACAAUUAUUUUGUUGGUAUUGACUACAGUCGUCCUCGCCGAUAAUAAUUCGUUAAUCAAUUCGGAAAGUGAUUCACAUCGUAGACUCUUGGUGAAAUCAAAGCUGAUAAAUUGUCUCUAUGAGUGCGUCUUUGAAUAUUAUUUUAACGGUUCAUUUAUCAUACCAUCAACUUGUGAAACUUACGUUUCAUCCAGGAAAUGUUCAUUUAAAUUUAUAAUUGACUAUAUGAAAUACAAAGUGGGUGUCCUAUUCGAAUAUGAUAAUCAAACAGAUACUGAUUUCGAUGCUAGUAUUAGCGCAUUCGGUGAAUUUUCUAUGAAAAAAGAACAUAGUAGUCGAUCUGUAAUGUGGACCUAUGUUUGUUCCAAUCAUGACAAUUGUAGUACGAAUUAUUUUAAUCAGUAUAUUGCACAUUAUGUUCAACUAACAGAACAAUUUCAAACUUUAAAUAAUCGUUUUUCUACAUUACUCGAUUAUAUUGGUAGUAAUUCAUCGAAGGUACAACAAUGUUACAAUAAUUCAGAUACAUUACAAAGUUGCAUCGAUGGAUCUUGUGUAUAUAACUGGGUGCCUGAACGCAAUGUAACUGCUCAGAAAUGUGCGUUUCCUCCGGCAUUUACUCGAGUUUUGUACGAAGUAGUUCAAACAACUCGAUCCGCACAGUCGACUCCCGUUUUUGUUGUAGUCACAUACGAAUGCAAUAUAGACAAAUGUAAUUCUCCAGAAAGUGUGGCAGCUGUCAAAAAGGCAAUUGAAGAAGAUUGGGGUGGAAUUUUAAAUACGGAUUCUGCGUCUAUAAACAGAGGUUUCCUAUUCGUUUUCUUCAUAUGUCCAUUUAUACUAAAAUUUUUAUUAACAGCUCUUAAUUAA